UCCCAAACCGCAGCCCUGCACUGGAGGAAUUGCCCUCAGCUCUCCCCAGCCCUGCAGCUGCCAUCAAGACUGUCCUCCAAGCCCUACAGCAAGAACUCUCAUCCUCAGAAGUCUUACUGAGAUGGGAAAAAUCAUCAUCUAUGAGCAUGCCAACUUCAGGGGUGUGUCCAGAGAAAUCACUUCUGACAUUUCCAAUCUGGGACGUUUGGAUUUUAAUGAUAUUAUCUCCUCAGUGAAAGUAAUUGGCCAGCCUUGGGUGGCUUAUGAGCACAUAAAUUAUACAGGCAGGUUACUGGUACUUGAGGAGGGGGAACAUGACUAUGUUGGUAGAAGCAUGAAUGACACAAUCAGUUCUCUGCAGAUGAUCACUGAAGAUCUGCAUGAUCCCCAGAUCACUCUCUAUGAGCAUCCCAACUAUCAAGGGAAGAGCAGGGUAAUAAGACAAGCGACCAACCUGGCUGCAGGAUUUGACAAUGACAUCAUGUCUUCCCACAAAGUCCAGAGAGGUGCCUGGCUGCUGUGUGAGCACAGUGAUGGAAGUGGAAUUCAAUACAUUGCACGAGAAAAAGAUAACCUUCCACAUUACUCUGCAAUCUACCUCAAUGACAAGCUUUCCUUCCUGCGUCCCCUUCGCCCUGGCCGCUCUUAUUAGAAUGCAAAUCCUCCAAAGCUGAGGAAGAUGCAACACCAGCAAGAAAUUUGAGAUCUAGAUUUCUCCUUCUGCUUGUGUAGCCUUUUUUCCCCUGGGAGCUCUCAGCUGUGCUGCACUGCAGAUCUUUACUUCUCUAUCCUGCCUUGCACUCUUCUCCUGCCCCAUAAAUGAAAUGCUUGAUCAUAUGAAAGUGUCCAAGCUAAGAGACAUGCCAGGGAUGUGUAACCUAAUGCACCCUCAGCUGGCAUUCCAAAGUCCUAUGCUUUUGGAUGCUGAAGCAUUGUAUGUUGUCUCUGUUGCUAAGUGAAACAGAAAAUGUAAGUGGAGGGCCUGCAUAGCUUUCUUUUUAAUUUGUUUUACAAAAGUACUGUUGCCUCUGCCAUUGUCUGUAAUCCAUUUUGCAUUGGUGCCAUUAAAGAAUCUUUUACAAUUA